AAAUUACGGCAUCCAAGUCCUUGCGUCCGCAAUCGCUCGUCACUGGUUUUCUGCUUACUUUCUUUACCAGUUAGUUCGCCGGAAUCCGUCCUUUUACUGUUUCUUCUGUUCAAUUCUUCAUUCCUCUUAUUUUCAAUCCGAAGGCAAUAAUAAUUAAAAAAAGAUUGAGACGAAAUUGUUGAGGGGCGAUGCUGCAAGGCCGGUGGAUGCUGUAGGGGGUUGAAUUCGAGAGUAGGUUGUAGAAGAAAGAGAAGUUUGAAUACUGAGAAUGAGUUUGCUGGAUUCAUCGGCAUCUUUGUUGGCUACAUGUGGAGGGGACACUGUGAAGCUCUUUGAUGUCAGCGUCAAAUCUGCUGAUCCAUGUACUCUGAGUUAUACGCCUUCGCCUGGAUCUCAAGUGAACUCCGUCAAAUGGAACCACACUAAUCUAGUUGUAGCUAGUGCUGGAGAAGAUAAAAAGAUAUCAUUGUGGCGUAAAAAUGGUCAAAGUAUGGGGACAGUACCCCUCGUUGGCACUAAUGUUGGCGACGACAUUGAGGAGGCAAUAGUGUCUAUCACCUUCAGCAAUAAAAGUUCUAGAUAUCUUUGUUCGGGAGGGAGCGGCCGUGUUGUUAGAAUAUGGGAUUUGCAAAGAAAACGUUGCAUCAAAUGGUUGAGUGGCCAUACAGAUACCAUUACAGGGGUUAUGUACAAUUGCAAAGAUGAACAUCUAGCAUCUAUCAGUAUGAAGGGAGAUCUAAUUUUACACAAUCUUGCUUCAGGAACCAGGGCUGCUGACUUCAAAGAUCCAUUUGGGCAGGUAUUAAGAGUGCUUGAUUAUUCUCGACUUAGUCGGCACAUUUUGGCCAUAGCAGGUGAUGAUGGAUCCAUACAUUUGUGGGACACAACAGGUCGUGCACCGAAGGUUUCUUGGUUGAAACAGCAUUCUGCUCCAACAACUGGCGUUUGCUUCUCUCCAUCUAGUGACAAGAUAAUUGCUAGCGUUGGUUUAGACAAAAAGUUGUACACAUUUGAUUCAGCCAUGAGAAGACCCACAUCUUGUGUUUCAUAUGAAGCACCUUUCUCUUCGCUAUCCUAUAGUGAAGAUGGAAAUAUUCUGGCUGCCGGGACAAAUGGUGGACUUAUAGUAUUCUAUGAUGUUCGGGGGAAACCUCAACCAUUCACAAUCCUUCAUGCUUUCAAUAGUUCCGAGGCUGUUACAAGCUUAUGCUGGCAAAGAUCGAAGCCAUUUAUUGUAAAUGAGAGCAAUUGCACUGCUGAAAUUGCUCUCCUUGGGGGUGCUAGUGAAGAUUCUGUUCUGAUGCCAGAUCCCCGACCCUUUGUGUCUUCAAGUUUCUCCGCAGCAAAUACGGUGUCUAGUUCCAGCUCUUCAGUAAUAGCAUCAACUAGUGGGUCAAUGCCAUCCACGUUAGUUUCUUCUGCAGAAGAAACUCCUCUUAGAAGCAGCUUAUGGCGUGGUGGAUCUUUGGCAAAGCUCCAGGCACCUCGUGGUAACUUUAAUCUAAAGGAUGAUAUGGAUGUUUUCUCUCCUCUUGUAGAUGUCCAGCCAAUUACGCCAUCCCUUGGCACUUUGUGGGAUGAUCAUGAUGAAGUAAGAAAGGAUUCUGUGCUCCUUGAUAAGAAAUCUUUGGCAUUUCCGAACACUUCAAGAAGAUUUCCUUUCACAGAUGGUGACUCUGAUUCCCAUAAAAUAUCAGAUUGGAGGUCAAACACAUCCUCAAAGCAGGAUGAUGCUCUUGCUUCACCAAUGACUGCCACACCCGCUGCUUCUUCUAGAAGUGAAUCAUGUUUCUCGCCAACUCCUCCAGAAGCUUGGGGAGGGAAUGGAUUGCCCGGCAAGUUUAAUCAAAAUCAUCAGCCAUCCUCCUCGUUGUUAGGACAAUUGCCUUCCACUUCCUUGGCAUCUGGUUCCACAUUUCGAGCCCCGCAAGAUUUAUCUUCAUUAACCAGCCAAUUUUCCAUGACUUCUUUGACAAAUCCUACGUUAAGUUCUUUAAAUCUGCAAAGCAAAUCCAUAUUGAAUAAUGAGAAACCAUCUACUUAUUUCGAAUCUUCAUCUUCUUAUGAUUUAACAUCUGCUUCUUCAUCAUUUGGUACGGGACCAGCGACAUCUAACUUUGAACUGCCAGGAUCAGUGCAAUCUAUUUUACCAAGAAGAUAUACCACAUACGUUGAUAGAUUAAGUACUCUAUCAUCCUUUAGUGAUGGAAUUAAUUCUGCGACUAGUUCACCAAAAUCAAAGAAAACAGGUGCAGAAACUCGAGAAGAGCUAUUAAACAACCUACUAUCAAGGCAAGAUCUAUCAACUGCUAUUGCGAAUGGAAACCUUCCAACUAUCAAUGGGGCAUCAGCUCAGCAUCCAAGGGCCGCUACUCAGACGGUGGAUCAGCUGGGUAGUUCUUCUUUUUCACUUCAGCUUGUCCAGCGAACCCUCGAGGAAACUUUGGGAUCCGUGCAGAAGUCUAUCCAUGAUGAUGUUAAGAACCUACACAUCGAUCUCCUCAGACAGUUCCACUUGCAGGAGAUGGCAAUGUCGAAUUUGCUAAACUCAGUUCUAGAAAAGCAAGACGAACUGAUCAAGGAAAUGCAAACCCUCCGAAGAGAAAAUCAACAGCUUCGUCAGUUGCUUUAAGCCUAUUUUCUUCACAAUUACGUUUUGAUUUUUAUUUUAUCCAGCAUUUGUUCUGCUCUAGUACUGCCAUUUUUGGUUCUUGUUCGAUCUGUAUAUAUGCAAAUUAUGGGCUCUGAUCCCUGGAAUUAGUUCUUGGACGUUCAUUUUUUUGGGGGGUUAAUUUUCAAUGGAAUCAGUACUUGGAAUUUAAUCAAA